GAAGUGCGGUGACCCCCCCAGGCCCGGCCCCGGCCCGGCCCCCGCUGGCUGGGAAGGGAGGGAGGAGCUGCCCGAGCCAGGUAAAGCAUAUUUUAAAGAGAAAAUAAUUCAGAAGGAGGAAGACCAAAUCAAGAUGUGUAGCUCUGUUGCUGCCAGAUUGUGGUUCUUGACAGAUCGUCGAAUCAGAGAAGACUAUCCCCAACAGGAGAUACUGCGAGCUCUAAAGGCUAAAUGUUGUGAGGAGGAACUAGACUUCAGAGCUGUGGUGAUGGAUGAAGUUGUGUUAACGGUCGAGCAAGGGAAUUUGGGUCUCCGAAUAAAUGGGGAGUUGAUCACUGCCUAUCCCCAGGUGGUGGUAGUAAGGGUACCAACACCUUGGGUGCAGAGUGAUAGUGAUAUCACUGUGUUACGUCACCUAGAGAAGAUGGGAUGCCGGCUGAUGAACCGGCCUCAAGCUAUCCUGAAUUGUGUCAAUAAGUUCUGGACCUUCCAAGAGCUAGCUGGCCACGGUGUUCCUCUUCCAGAUACCUUCUCUUAUGGUGGUCAUGAAAAUUUUGCUAAAAUGAUUGAUGAAGCAGAAGUAUUGGAAUUCCCUAUGGUGGUGAAAAAUACACGGGGUCAUAGAGGUAAAGCUGUUUUCCUGGCUCGAGAUAAGCACCACUUGGCUGACCUAAGCCAUCUUAUUCGCCAUGAAGCUCCAUACCUAUUCCAGAAGUAUAUAAAGGAAUCUCAUGGCCGGGAUGUGCGUGUCAUUGUGGUGGGAGGCCGUGUAGUUGGCACUAUGCUGCGCUGUUCAACUGAUGGAAGGAUGCAAAGCAACUGCUCACUAGGUGGUGUGGGAAUGAUGUGCUCACUGAGUGAACAAGGAAAACAGCUUGCCAUCCAGGUGUCAAACAUCUUGGGAAUGGAUGUGUGCGGCAUUGACCUACUGAUGAAAGAUGACGGCUCAUUCUGCGUCUGCGAGGCCAAUGCAAAUGUAGGUUUCAUCGCCUUUGAUAAGGCUUGUAAUCUAGACGUAGCUGGUAUGAUAGCGGACUAUGCCACCUCCCUCCUGCCCCCUGGCCGGCUCACACGGCGCAUGUCCCUGCUCUCCGUGGUGUCCACGGCCAGCGAGACUAGUGAGCCAGAGCUGGGCCCCCCAGCCAGCACUGCUGUCGACAACAUGAGCGCAAGCUCCAGCUCUGUCGACAGCGACCCUGAAACCACGGAGAGGGAGCUACUCACCAAGCUCCCAGGGGGGCUGUUCAACAUGAACCAGCUGCUAGCCAAUGAAAUCAAACUCCUGGUGGAGUGACUCCACCUGUAAAUAAUUAACGAACAAAGCCCUUGUAAAUCUUUCUCUCUCUCUUUUUUUUUCCUUUUUUUCCUUCCUUUUUUGAAACCAACUUGCAAUGCUGUUUAUGAGAGAAGCUCAGGGAGCUGGAGGGGAAACUGAGCCAGGUCAGAUAAGAGAACAAAGAGAGAAAAGGAAAAACCUAUGUUUUUCAGUCACUGCUAUCCUCCAUUUUUUAAUACUGCAGAACCAUUCAAUGGAAUUUUACCAUCUCAAUUAAUAAGGCAGAAAAGUGGGUAUAAGGUCUUCAGGCUCAAGUAGAUAAUUCCUUCACUAUUGUUAACCUUUUAAAAUAACCUUCAAAAUGAAUGUGCUUAUAUUAUAAAGGGCCAGAGAAGAGGGGAUGUAAGAUUCUUGCACAACUCCUUAUAUCUUUUGUGUUUGGAAAGUCAACACUUUACUGCAGACCAUAAUUCCCCUCUUUUGAGAUCAUUUAUUAGAAAUGGGUCAGAGGGAACAUCAAAAAUUAAAGAAGCCUUUUAAUAUACAAAACUGAAAUUUCUGCCAUUUUAGUAUCCAAUUCUAUGUCCAUAUGUCUUUACAAACCAUCCAGAACAGUUUUAAUAUGGGUGCUUUAUAUUUUAUGGUUGGAUUUUGUUUUUCAUAGUAGAUGGGAGGGCAAGAUAGAUGUGAUCUGUAAAAACGUUUUUUAAUGACAGAAAUGGCAUGUUUUCAUAAUGGAAGAUAGAUGAACAGCGUUGCAAUGUUUGGUGUACAAAGUAACAUUUAAUCGAAUGUGGAAAAACUUACACUAGUUUAAAAAUAUGUGCAUUGCCUUGUAUUUGUUAGUGUUUUAGUCUUUUGGAAGCUAUAUACUAUGUUAAUGUUGCAUUUUUUUUAAUACAUGCUCGUCCAAUAUUCCCUGCUCUAUGCCUGCAUCUUUAACAAUGGCCAAAGUGAAGAAAACGCUACCUUUUGUUAACAAGACACUGAAUUGAA